AUGAAUGACGCAACCCUCACAUUGUCGUCCAAUCCACAAUUUUACCGACCAUUCUUAGAGGUGUCUCGAUACAUCCCAAAAGCGUCUGACGAAGCCCACGACUCUUACGAACCAUCAACGUUAACGACCUUUGCGCGGCAACGCCAGCCGACUGUUCAACGACCUUCUUCUGCUUCAGCUGAUUCCCAAUUCAGACCCUCGAGCGCUUCUGACUCUCAGCGUCCCUUACGUCGUAUCCCUCGCCAACCAGAGGUCCGCCAAUCGCUCCACCGUCGAGCGGUCUCUUCACGCGCCCCGGUUCCACACCCCAAUCGAUCUCAGCCGGCGCGUACAACCCCGGUCUCUGUGCAACACGCCCCAGCCAGUGGCAUCGCACACCUACGUCCGGCCCUUUCCGAAGCAGAGACUGACGACAACGGGUCUACAAUCGACGAUCCGUACCAGCUCCUCAAUACCUCCUACUGGCCGCAGAGAACCACCGGAGUCUCGUCGCGCACCGCGUCGGCAAUCCUUUUCGCCCUCGAGGAAGCUAUCCGGGGACCACUACAGCUCUCCACUGAUUGGGACGAGGUGAAUGCUUCUAUGUCAGACAUGGUAGGCGUCGCUGGUCCCGCUGGGCCUGUGGGCAAUAGCCGUGUUCAAAAUGGUGGAACCCGUGUACCCCAGAACCCUAUCUCAGGGACAUCGCAGCCACCGAGUGGCAUGAGAACACCUACGGAUAUAAUGAGACAACGCCGGGAUCGGGAGGCUCGCCGCAAAGCGGAACACGAGGCCCGAGAGAGAGAACAGGAAGAAUUGGAACGACAACAGCUGGAGCAAGAACAACAGGCGCAAACUGAGGCCCAUGCCCAGACACAGGCCCUAGCCCAGGCUCAAGCUCAAGCUCAACAGUACGCUGCUGGUGUUGCCGCCGAAAAUACCUCCCAAUCAAGAAUUAGACCCCUACGACCACCAAGAGGCCCCGAAGGACAACCCCAAACCAUGCCCGUGGCUGCAGGGCCACCAUCCGGUUACCGACCAACAGCAGACGUUGCGCCGAGUACCCGACCAUUAGAAUACCAGACCGCACCGCCGACUGCUGCGACGGGGCAAGUGGCUAACCAGCCACGACCGACACAAGCAACUGGUCAGCAGUCUCAGCAGCCUCAGCACGGUCGCUCGCAAAGUGCGGCAGAAAUUGGAGGUCAACCCAGACCCAGUGGGUUCUCCAAAUCCGCCCAGGCACUACCCGCAGGACAACCUGGUGCUCCCCAAGCUCUUCAGCAGCCGAAACGAGUUGGGUUUCCGCAUGCAUUUGAGCGAUGGGAAACGCUGUCUUCACACUGGGAGGGUCUCACCAGCUAUUGGAUGCGAAAGCUAGAACAAAACAAUGAUGAUCUGGAGCGUGAUCCGCUCAGCCAGCAAUUGGCUCGACAGAUUACAGACUUGUCCGCUGCUGGAGCCAAUCUAUUCCAUGCAGUGGUAGAACUGCAACGUCUACGAGCCUCCUCCGAACGCAAGUUCCAGCGCUGGUUCUUCGACACCCGUGCUGAACAAGAACGCUCGAAGGAAGUGCAGGCAGAUCUGGAACGUCAGCUCAAAGAAGAGCGACAAGGCCGAGCCGAUGCCUUCUCUGCCGCCCAGCAAUCCGAAAAGGACAAAGUCAAGGCCGAGGAACUGCUGAAAGAAAUGCGCCGUGAACUGCAAAUCUCGAAGGAGGAAGCACGCCGUGCCUGGGAGGAGCUUGGCCGUCGUGAACAAGAAGAGCGAGACCGAACCAACUCCCUGCGUAGUGGAGAGCCCACCCUCGUUGGAGGUGUUCAGGUUGUGCCUAUGGUUCCUGGCCCCCCUAGCCGUCACAACACCUCUCGCUCGCAGACUCGCGAGGGCCCAUACCCUGGUGGACCGACAGCAACAACCAUGGGCACCGACGCAUAUCAUGGCAAGUCUGCAGGGAGCGCAGAUGGACAAUACUACGAGGACGGCACGCCGAUGUCCCCCACAGGGUCCGACCCUUUCAUCGAACCGAAAAAGGUUGACCCACCUACCUCAAAACCCCCCUACCCAAGUUCACUGUACGAACACGAAAACACAAGUGUCCCAUACCCCGGCCCCGCAACCUCAGAACCUGACGCACGGUCUUAUGUCGGCAGCAGUGAAGCGGGCGAUGAAGAAUAUGCCCACUACUCCCACGACCAGCAUGGAAACUCCUUGAGCUACCCACCUGGGCCUCAUUCAGAGGGAAGCGAAGAGUAUGACCAAGAGGGUCACUACAUGCCCGACGGCGCAUACACCUCUGCCGCCUCUUCCGCCCCUCCGGCUGCGCCCACUUCCGCUGCGGACUACAGCGGCGCUGGCUGGGGUCCUGGCACCGGUUGGGAGUCGAUGACACCGCGCCAUCGCCACCCCACGCGUCUGAGCGAUGUUCUUGAGGAAGACGAGCCUAGUCGCACAAAUCCCAGCCGCGCUAGUUUGGCUAGUCGCAGCCAGGCAAGCCGUAGCCAGGCCAGUCGGAGCAUUCUCUAA